GGAAGUUCCGCCCUUCCGUGUUGCGAACGGCCUGCUGGACGGGUCAACCUGCGGCCGCUUCUCUCUCGGUAAGAGUUGACUUGCGUUGUUGUCCGUGCACUCGCCGGGCGACUUGGCAGCACAGGGAACUGGGCUCCGCACCGCGCUCUCCCACGUGAGCUGAUCCUCGGGAGGCCGCGAGGGACCGGAAGGUCGGACCCUCAGCGCCUCAGCCUCGGGUUGUGGACUAGUCGUGUGAUCGCAUGUCACGUCGUUCCCCGCGUGAUCCCUGCAGGAAUGGCUGCCCCGUCCAUGAAGGAAAGGCAGGUGUGCUGGGGCGCGCGAGACCUGUACUGGCGGUGUCUCGACGACAACGCGGAGGACGCGGCUCGGUGCCGGCAGCUGAGGAGCUCGUUCGAGGCCAGCUGCCCCCAGCAGUGGAUAAAAUAUUUUGACAAAAGAAGAGAUUACUUAAAAUUCAAGGAAAAAUUUGAAGCAGGAGAAUUCCAGCCUUCACAGUCCACUGAAAAUUCCUAAGCUCUUCCUGGACUUUCACACAAGACUAUUCUUCUGGACUGUCAGAAAUGCUUUGCUGGUUCCAGGACAAAAGCAGUUUGACCCACAGUUACACAUCAGUACUUGUUCUCUCUCUGAACAGCAAUGACUAAAAGGGUCAAGCAGCAGAAGACCUCGUCAUUCAAACUGUGAAGGACUGGAUGGUAUUACGUGUGCUGCUUUAAUUUAGUGAGGGAUCUAUCUUAAGAAAAAAAAUAAAGCUUAUAAUAAAAACACAUGGUUUAUCUUCCUCUCCCCCCCCCACCUUUCGAAUAAAAGCCAAAUAGUAGUAAAUCUAGUUGCAACUGAUAUAAAUAAAAACUAAGGUUGUUACAUGUG